CAAUUGUUCCUGCAUCUAAUAAAAUUCAGAAUGCUUUAUGUAUUUUCCACCGCCCUGGUGGUUCUUAAUUCAAUUGAAUUAAGCUCGCAAGGCGGGACAAAUCAGAAAGGUUACUCGUAUAAUCGCUUGCUCAAAAGCGCAUCUACACGCUCCUCGUCUUCGUCCACAUCUGGACCUUCAAGUGAAACGUUGCAUGGUGCUUCUCCAGGCUUCGUUCAGGUAAAUUUGGAGGAUGGCUCAGUUUAUUAUGGUCUAAUGCAAAGCGUAGCCACACGUUCCAGAUCUGUUUAUGAACAUAAACGUGUACCUUUUUCGGGAUAUACAGUUUGUCUACAAAUUCCACCUCAGCCGGAUGUCGGUGUAGAAUUCUAUUAUGUGCCUGACUACCUCGCAGAGGUAGUAGUAGCUCCCCCUAAGCACAAUCCCACUGGUCAUCUUCCGAAGGUCGCUAUGGUAUAUUUUAACGAUGAAUAUUAUAAAACAGAAAAAUUCAAGCUCUACAACCCUGAUUACGCACAAGACUUUAGUCACCUUCAUUUGUUUAUAACAAUUCCAGGAACUACAGAUCAAUAUUAUGCAGCAUUGUAUAAAUCAAAUGUAAAGUCUCAAGUACAUAAGACAAUUAAGCAACGAUACCGCAAUCAGCUAUCAAGAAUGUCUAUAUAAAUUAGAAAAUUUCUGGAAAUGCAAAAAUAUGUU